GGUGGGCCCUUCCUGACAGCUGUCAGAGCAAAGACACAACCAAAUUUAACCGGUUUAAGUUUCUUAAAGGUUGGAUUUAUGUCAGGGCCUGGUGCAGUCUGAUGGGUUCCUCGGCAGAUUCUGUUUGAUAAGAUGGCUGCCACUGAAGAGAACAAUGAGAAACACUGCUGGGUGUGUUUUGCCACUGAGUGUGACGACCGUGGAGCAGAGUGGGUUCGUCCUUGCAGGUGUAAAGGGUGCACAAAAUGGAUCCACCAGUCAUGUCUGCAGCGCUGGCUGGACGAGAAGCAGAAGUCCAACAGUGGAGCAGGAGUCAACUGUCCUCAGUGUGGCACAGAGUACCACGUCGUCUUCCCCAAGAUGGGUCCGCUGGUCUACUUCCUGCAGCAGGUAGAUCGAGCCCUGUCUCGGGUCAGUCCUUUCGCUGCAGUAGGAGUGGUGGUGGGGACGGUGUACUGGUCAGCGGUCACCUAUGGAGCAGUGACUGUCAUGCAGGUAGUUGGACAUAAGAAAGGACUGCAUGUGAUGGAGCGGGCCGACCCAAUAUUCCUCCUCAUGGGCCUGCCCACCAUACCAGUCCUGCUGGUGCUUGGAAAGAUGGUCCGCUGGGAGGAAUAUGUGGUCAGGCUGUGGCAGAGAUACCGCUACUUCCCUCCAGGCAGCAGUGGUUACCUCCCCCGAUCACCUGCUGACAAUAUUGGUUCAGAUCACCUGUCGGUGUCCAGGACCCUGUGUGGAGCACUCAUCUUUCCCUCCAUCGCCACCAUGGUGGGUCGCUUGCUUUUCCGCCGGGUUUCCUCCAACCUACAGCGUACAGUUCUGGGGGGCAUCGCCUUCAUUCUGAUCAAAGGUGUGUUGAAGGUGUACUUCAAGCAGCAGCAGUUCAUCCUUCAGGCAAGCAAACACAUCCUGGACUACCCAGAUGGUCCCGGAGAAGGACUAGAGGGACCCAGAGACAGGCUAGGAGAUGGACCGGGAGACAGACCCAGAGAGGAAGACGCUGAGGACAGCGGCGAUGACUGAGGAGGACAGGGAUAAUGGAGUGAGGGGAGGGUGGUGCUGUUGGAUAAACACAUUCUUGCCAGUGAAGGCAGCAGUUUUCAUCUGGACUAAGUUGGACCCAUCACAUGAUAUCAUUUCUCCAGACACCCUCAACUCAGCGGUUCUGAUGCAUUGUACUAUUGGAGGUUCCUCUGGUGAGGAUCUGCUGCCUCCUCAGUCUCUGUCAGGAAGUUAAUUACUGCUGUUGCUGAUUAGCGUUCAAAAUGUAGCUGUGCAACAGUUUCAGAUUGAUGACCCCACGUGGCCUUCACCUGCUGGACGUGAUCAAUGAACUGAUUGUGAAAAACACAAAUAAUGCUGAACCAAGAUCUUUCUAUUAAAAGCCUUGAAGGAGUCUUGAUGAUUUUUGCGAUGAUUUGUGCCAGCCAACAAGGGUAGUCUUUAAUGACAUUUACCUACAUUAGCCACCAGAGGGUGUUACAGACAUGCACACUUCCUCCAUGGGCCUCUGGGAUUUUGGUUUUCAUCGAGUUGUUCUGCUCCAAAGUGUUCUUCUUUUUCACAAAGUUCUGGUUCUGGGGCCGGAUUCACAAAACAUUCUUAAGAAAAAAAAUCUUCUUAAGUGUCAAUUUUUUUUUAAGUUCA